GUACGGUGGGUUAAGAGAAGCGCGUCAUCAAUCUACAUUCACCGCUGCGAAGCCAACAUGUCCACGAACAACAGGAGACUGCGAAUCCUGGUGGACAUGGACGGUGUCAUCGCAGAUUUCGAGGGAGGGUUUUUAAAGAAAUACCAAGCAAGGUAUCCGAAUGAGCCGUAUAUAUCAUUAGACGACAGAAGAGGAUUCUGGGUGUCCACACAGUAUGGGGAAAUGAGAAGUGACCUGUGUGAGAAGGCCAUCAGCAUUUGGGAGUCCAAAAACUUCUUCAUCGAGCUUGACCCUCUUCCUGGAGGAGUGGAGGCUGUGAAGGAGAUGUCCAAGAUGGAGAAUACAGAUAUCUUCAUUUGCACCAGUCCAAUAAAGCAUUACAGCUACUGCCCAUAUGAAAAGUAUGCAUGGAUAGAAAAGCACCUGGGCCUUGAGUUUCUGGAGCAGAUCAUCCUGACCAGAGACAAGACCAUAGUGACCGGAGACAUCCUCAUAGAUGACAAACCUGAUAUACUGGGUGUGGAGCCCAAGCCCUCCUGGGAGCACAUCCUUUUCACUGCCUGUCACAACAAGCACCUGCCACCAGACCCCUCCCAGCGAAGGCUUCUCUCCUGGGCAGAUGAUUGGAGGGGUAUUUUGGCCAAUAAGCGCCAGUAAGACAACCUAAACAACCCAUCAUGCAACUUGCACCCAAUGCUGACAUACACUUAACCAGCCAUAAGGGGCAACAAGCUGAGGGGUCAAUGGUUUUAAAUGGUUAGCCCUCUCAUGUCACAUGCGUGUUCUGUUGAUGCUUUCGCCACUCUCAUGUGAUGUGAUGGAAGUGGGGAAACUCACGAAUAUGAAUUUGGUUAUGCACAGUAAAAGAUUAUUUUAAAUUGUCUAUUUUGAUAAACAGUCAUUCCAGAUGACAAAUUCAAGUGCUCUAAUAAAUAUUUCACAUAAUUUAUUUGAUAACUAAAUCUGCUACUGUCUGCCGUGGUAUAUUGUUAGCUUGUGGUAAAAUACAUCAAUUGGCUCUGAUUCUAAGAGCUGACUGUUUGCUCUAGUGUUUGAAUUAUUGUCACUGAUGAAAAAGGUUGCGGGUUCGAUUCUGCCCUUUUUGAAAUUUUUAUUUUAAUAAACCAAGAGUGCAUCCGCACGUCUGUGGAUGUACAUCUUGAUUGGGGACACAUGUGUUUGCAUAUUUCUUUGCCAUUCAACUGGAAAGGAGUGAGUAGAGUGUGUGUCUGUGUACACAAAAGGACAUACAGCUGUCACUCAAUAGCCUUUUAACACACGCAAACAAAAUGGAAACUCCUGCUCAAGAACAGGCAAUGUUCCCAAAUCCCUCUGCACGAGAUGGAGAAAGUACCCUUCACCCAACCAUUAAUUUAAAGUUAUAUGUGCCUAAACAUCCAACAUUCUGUCAAAAUUUCUGUAUCCUAGAAACAUUGGAUCCAAAUGAGAUUUCAAGAAGACAAAUAUAUAUAUAUUUUUUUUGUUAUGCAUGCCACAUGUGAUCAUUGCAGGACUCUUAAAAGUAAUUAUAAUAAAUACAGCUGCAAGCAGCAAUUAUGGGGCUAAGCCCUAACAAUGGCAACCACUGCACAACCCAAAGAUCUCACAGAGCAAAUACAGGUCACAUUGCCCCUGGAUGAAUUUGAACACAUGACUUUCCGUUCCUUAGUUCAGUGUGCUAUCCAGUGUACCACACUGCCGCAACGUUGCCAGUCAACAAAGGGACAUACCAAGCUUAGAGGAAUCACAGCCGAGCACAGCUGUUUCCAUGAUCAACUUUAUGUUAAGGUAACUUUUCAACAAAGAUGCAAAUCAACAUUUGAUUCGGGAAAAGCCCAGUCUCCAUUCAGUAAGCACACCACCAAAAUCUACAGAACAGACGUUUUUACUGCAUGACUGAACCAACAACUCUAGCAACUAAUUUUAGUCAGCACAAAAGUGUGGGUUCUUUUAUUUAACAAUAGGUGGCACUGUCUCCAAACAUUUAAGGUAUCCUCAGGAUAAAAUGUUGAAGAUGCAUAUACAUUUUCUUUUACAUUCAACAAUGCAUUGAAAAGAUAUGUAUCUGUUUUAAACCAAACAUACUGUAUAUAUCAGAAGAACUAUAAAAUAAGAAGAACAAUAAAAAGAAUAUCUGCAAGCAGAAACUAUCAGGGACAAGCCCUGAAACCAUUCAGUAAGCAAAAUACUAAAUGCUCCAGUACAACAGAAAUCUAUUUAAUUGCCUCGUUUAGGUGGAUUAACACAUUAACAGCCAUUCAGCUGACAUGCCCAUUACCUGGCAAAGAAAACUGACCAGUUAUCCUCUGGACAUGAUAUACAUGAUGCAUUUCAUUUUUCUUUUAAAUCUUACAAGAUAUAUCACUUUUUAAUAAAAUUUAUAAUAUGGACAUUAUGGCUGAUAUUGGGAAAAAUCCUUAUGGCCCAAGGCCAUAUCCUUAUGAGUCCAAAGACAACAACAACCUUGUGAUUUUAGGACACAUGGUUAGAAUGUUACGGGCAAAAAUAGCCCUUUUGACCCAUAGGUGGCGCAGUCUCCAAACCUUGCAUGUUUCCUCAGAUCAUGAUCCUGAUGAAGCAUGCCUUUGGUGCUAGGCUCCUAAUAUAAAUGUUUUUAUCAUCAUCUAGAAAAAACGCUAUUUAAAAAGGGUAGCUGUGGCAGAGCCUAAUACGGGAUCGGGUGUGUAGGAUCACGACCCGGCCCCGCCCUCCACCCUGCCACAGUAACAAAGACAGUAAGAGUAACAAAGGCCAUAACUGUAACUAAUACAUAGGCUACAACUUUAACAUUCUAACAUUACUGCAACUGAACAUUAUUAACAUUACCAUUUGUAUAAACAACACAACAAAAAAAACAGAAAUUGAUACAGUGCUACACAUACAAUUGCGUUCAUCAACUCAGCACGACUUGAGACUUUUAAGAGACUUAAAGUAUUGAAUUUUCUCCAUUAAUAAGCCAAAAGGCGAGCGGCUAAAGUAUCAACAGGAACACGCAUGUGCGACAAUGUUGACAUGAGAGGGUUACCUUCUAGACAUGACUGUGGAGAUUUAUAGUAAAAACUGUUUCUCACACACACCUAUCAUAUCACUUCAGAAGACAUUAAUUUAACCACUGGAGUCAUAUGGAUUACUUUUAUGCUGCUUUAAUAUGAUUUUUGGAGCAUAAAAUGUCUGGUCACCAUUCACUUGCAUUGUAUGGACCUACAGAGCAGAGAUAUUUAAAAAAAAAGCUUUAGAAAGGGCGAGUAAAUGAUGAGACCAUUUUAAUUUUUGGAUGAACUAUCCCUUAAGCUGUAAUAAGCUGAACAGCAUUAAAAUAAUAUUUCACCCAAAAAGGGAAAUGCUGUCAUUAUUUACUCACCCUCAUGUUGUUCCAAACCUUUACAACUUUCUUUCUUCGAUUGAACACGCAAGGAGAUGUUAGGCAGCAGAAAGACAGCCUUACUUACCAUUCACUUUCAUUGUAUGAAAAAAGAAGAGCAAUGAAAUUGGGUCAUUCCGCCCAACAUCUCCUUUUGCGUUCAACAAGAUGAGUAAAUUAUUACAACAUUUUCAUUUUUGUAUGAGCUAUCCCCUUAACCCCUCUUAUUCAGUAGUACUCUGCAUAUGUCCAUAAUAUUUUUAGAUUUGGCAUUAUUAUUGAUUACCCAAGUAUUAUUGAAAAUAUUGAGUAGGGGUUAGAAACAGAUGCUGGCAAUAUUAUUGGUAUAUUUCUAUUGUUCAUUAUUCUUUUUACUGAAGACUUUUCUUAAAAUGUAUAGUUUACAUCAAGCAUAAACUGACUAAUUUUAAGGGGGGAAAGAGGAACAGUCUCCACGGAAGGGAGAAUAUUGAAAUAGCUAAUUCUGUUCUCACUCCUGUCUAACCGCACACACAUUAGCAUAAGCUGUUUAAAAACUCAUUAAGAUUUUCACUGGAUAUUCUCAUUCUGAUUGGAUUAUGUCAGCAUGAAUGCAUAUUUAUAUCAUUUUUAAUUCAGGGUGAACACAACACCCAGAACAAAGACAUGUUUAUUAUUAUAUCCAACUUUGUUGUGACUGUCUCUAGUUGACUAGAUCAGACUGACCAUUGCCAAAACACUGCAUGUUCAGUUAAUGCACUGUGACCACCUGCCUUAAAAGAAUAAUAGAGGGACUGAGGUGAUGUUUUCUUGGACAUGUAACACUCUUGACACUAGAGGGCACUCUAAAGACACAGAUUUAUUAGACCAUCUAUAAUAUUGGAUGUUGUUUUUUUUAAAGAGAGCCUCAUUACUUUUGGAUUUUUAAAUGAACAUUUAUGCCAUGAGUGUUGGUGUAUUUGUUAUUUUGCAUGACUUUGAAACAAGACAGGGUUAUCAUCUGUCUGUUAGAAUAAACAUAGUCUUAUAGUUUAAAUAUUUCGAAGGACUACAAGUACGUAGAUGAUAAAGAAUGUUUGAAGUUCACUGAUGUGUUGAUAAUCAAAUACUCAUUACUCAUGUGUCACUUCAGUAGGAACAUUAUGUUUUAGCCACAGCGAAAAUGGUAUUUGCAGGAUUUCAUCAUAAAUAUGACUCGAGAUAAUGAUAUUGUCAGGUACAUCCAAAUUAAUUUGUGCAUGACUACAAUGAAAUUCUGUGAAGUUUAGGAGAACAAGAUGGUUUGUUUACUUUUUGCAGUCUGUUACCAUAAGUUAUGAACAACUUUUAGGAAAGUUAUAUGACAGAGACAUCAGGAAUUCUGAUGCAAUGUAACUCCAUAGCUGUACUUUAGGAUUUAACAAGCCUCUAGAUAAAAUGUAUAUCUGUUAUACUUAAAUUAAAUAAAAAGUUCAUAAAUCAAAAAUCCACACAACUAAAGUGCAUACUUAAACAGAUACUCUUCAGAAGUUUCUUUUAUCAACCAGUUUAAGAUGCAUUAUUAUGUAAACCGCCUGUCAUGCCUUUGUAAGCUGAUUUUGCAUAAAGGAUUAAAGUUAAAGUAGUUCACAGGAUCGAUUAUAGUGUACUCUGUCACAACAGGAGAACCAUUGCAGUCCAUUGGUACUAAAUUGACCUUACUCAGCAGCACAUUUAGCUGAGCCUAGUCCAGUGGCACUGUGACACUUUGCUGUCUGCACUUGCCUUUGUUAUUAAAAGGAUAGUUCACACAAAAAUGAAGGUUCUCUUAUAAUUUACUCACCUUCUUCAUGCCAUCCCAGAUGGUGUAUGACUCUCUUUCUUCUGCAGAACACAAGCGAAGAUCUUAAGAAGAAUAUUUCAGCUCUGUAGGUCCAUACAAUGCAAGUGAAUCGAGGCCAGAACUUUGAAGUGUCAAAAAGCACAUAAAGGCAGCAUAAAAGUAAUCCCCCUUUGGGGAUUUGACAUGGUUUAAUCCAUGUCCUCUGAAGCGAUGCAGUCGAUUUGGGUGAAAAACAAAUCGAUAUUGAUAUUCUUGUGAAAUGUAGAAUGUGAAAGUGGAUAUUUAUAGUAAAAAAGGACUUAAUAUUGAUAUGCGUCUCACCCACACCUAUCAUAUACUGUAGCUUCUAAAGACAUAUGGAUUACUUUUACGCUGCCUUUAUGUGCUUUUUGGAGCUUCACAUUUCUGACUACCAUUCACUUGCAUUGUAUGGACCUGCAGAGCUGAAAUAUUCUUCUAAAAACCUUUAUUUAAAAAUCUUUCAUUUUUGGGUGAACUAUCCCUUUAAUAGAUCUCCAAAUUGAUUAUUUGAGUUUUUGUUGUAUUUUGUGCCAUGUCAUUUUUAAAUAGAUAUACAGAUGUUAGUUAUCAGGCAGUGUUUCAUUAGUAAAUGAUCAUUCAAAAUGGAGUUCUCUGUGAAGUUGUACCACAUUAAGAUUAAUGAUAAACAAAAGUGGUACUAGAAGCUCUUCGCAGGCGUGAAGGGCCUGGAGUAUUCUGGAGAUCUUUGACAACAUGAAAGCACCUGAAAUGAGAUGGGGGGGAAAAAUAGCAAAAACUAAACCUAUUGCCGAAGUUAUGCUCCUGGCAUACGUUGUGUUUUCAUUAUUAUUAACAGUAUUCCUUCAGUCUUUUUCUUUGAUAGAUAGAUUUGAUUUUGAUUGAAUUAGUGACUUUGAUGAAAACCUUUACAUUUAUUUAGAAUUAUAUUACCAUUAUGUAGUACUUGAGGGAUGUUUUUUCUCAGUUGGAGUGUUUUAAGUGAUUUUGUUUAGAACUAUUAAAAGACAGAAUAAAUUAUAGUAAUACAGAGAGAUGGAGAUUAAUUUAUGUAUAUACAAUUAAGACGAUUAUGUAAAUGGUCUUAGUGGUAUUAACAAGGAGACCUUUUUUCUUUUAAGUCUUUCUCCAAGUACUCCAUAACAUGCACAUGCAUGUAAGGUGCCCUAACACGUUUAUAUCACAGACCACAGCUGCUUUACCAUUGUCCUGUUUAAUAAUUUACUUGAAUCCUUUUCAGUCAAUUUUCACAUGGCAGUCUUGUUGAUUUAAUUGACGCAUGCAAUGACUUCAGUGUCCAGGGAGAGAGCUGCAAGUGUGCUCAAUUAUCUGUGUCACGUUACUCAUCUUGUUAAUGACUGGUGUAUGAUCUUGGUGCUCUACAGUUGUAUGGAUGUCACAGUUUGUUUUGUUUGUUAAGGUUUAUUGGACUAAAUAUAAUCACAAAUGGUUUAAUAAAGAAUG